AUGGGCGCCGAGCUGAGUCGCCCCGUGGGGGGCCCCGACAUUACGAACCUCAAAGAAGACGCCGAGCGUCGACGCGUGGGCAGCAGCAGCGCGCUGGACGCGCGUCCGCAGCCGUUGAUCGGGUUGCCGACGUCCGCGAGCACGACGGCCUUGGCGUCCAUGGCCCCGAGCCGGCCGAACAGCCGCAGUAGCAGCGCGAACGCCAAGGCCAAGCUGCUAGAUAGCAGUUUCUUCUCGAGCAUGCGGCGUUCGCGGAACAAUAGCAAGAGCCUCACGCCGCCGUCCAGUAGUUUGGGCGACCACGCGGUUGAGAGUCUCGACCUGCCCAUGGUCGAGUGGGAGGGAUACGUGACAAAGAGGGGGCACUUGGUGCGCAAUUGGAAGAUGCGGUUCUUUACGCUCGAGGGGAACUUGCUCUCGUACUAUGAGAACAAGGUGGACGCGCGCAAUCGCAGCCACCUCAAAGGCCGCGUCCAUGUGACGUCGGUCAAGAUGGACAAAGUGGCCAAGAACGGCCACGGCUUUGACUUUUCGUUCGAGACCACGGAGAACAAGGUCUUUCACUGCAGCGUGCCCACGCAGUUUGACCAGCUGGCUUGGGUCUAUUUCCUAGAGGCGGGAGUUGACACGGUGAGCAUGAAACAAAACAACAAGCUCGUGUACAACACGCACCGCCAUGGAGCGUUGCCAGACAUGCGCACGGAAAAGGGCUAUGAGGUCUACCAGCAAAUGCUCAGCGGCGACGCAGGUAUUGUGACGGAGCUGCUGUCGUACUUUAACAAGGACCUCGUCUUCUCGUCGUCGUACCCGAAGAGCACGCCGUUUAGUGGCGAUUACUUCGGCCGCGAAGGUUUGCUGCACUUUCUAGGCGCGUUCCAGAGCAAUGUGGAUUUGGUCAAGAUGGAAGUCAAGGAUCGCGAGCUGGAUGCAGACGGAAAGAGUCUGACGGUGAGGGGGAUCGAGACGCUGAAGAGCAAACGCUCGGGCACAGUAAUUACUCAGUCGUGGUCGCAUCGUCUGCGCUUUGGUCCGAACGGGCGGGUCUUGCGUUUACGUGUUGAUGUGGAUCUGAAAAAUGCGUCAGGCAACUGGAAAACGUUUGGUGUCAAGAACCCUUACUCCGAGUUGUCCGAUGCGUCCGUGAGGUCGAACCGGUCAUUGAGUAUUUCGAUGAAGGAUUUCACGGUGUACAAUGUGAUUGGUAAAGGUGGUUUCGGUACCGUCGUGAAUGCCGUGAAGAAAAGCGAUGGUCAGAUAUACGCCCUGAAGAUCUUGGAGAAGAGCAAGAUGACGAAAUACGACGUAGAGAGCUCGUUUACGGAAAUGCGGGUCGCCCAGAACAUCCACCACCCGUUCAUUGCAGGAUUGCGCAUUGCUUUUCAAAGUCGGACAAAGCUGUUUCUCGGCAUGAACUACUAUGGUGGAGGUGAUCUUUUUCACCACAUGAGCAAGGGCUCAAGCUGCCGGAUACUGCCAGACCGCGCGCAUUUUUACACUGCCGAAUUGGUACUGGGUAUUCACCACCUGCAUCAGCACGACAUUCUAUACCGAGACAUCAAGCCUGAAAACGUGAUGAUUGAUGCGGAUGGCCAUGUUGCACUUGUGGACUUUGGCCUUGCUAAGCUGCAUGUGUCGGAGUUCAAGGGUGCGAAGACAAUGGCGGGUUCGCCUCAGUACACAGCACCGGAGUUGCUAUUGCCUAAGGCAAAGCGAUCAUACGGUAAGGCGGCAGAUUGGUGGAGUCUCGGCAUCUUGCUCUACGAGAUGAGUGUAGGCAAGUCUCCGUUUUACGACAACAACAUUGAAAAGAUGUACCACAAGAUCCAGAAUGAUCCUCUGAGCUUUCCCACAAAACCAGUGCUUGCGGACGAGCUCAAGUCAAUUCUUCGAAACUUUCUCCAAAAGGACCCCACAAAGCGCCUCGGCACCAACAUCAGCGACAUUUUGAAACACCCGUACUUCCGUGGCAUUGAUUGGGAUCUACUGCUAAAGAAGCAAAUUACUCCACCGUGGAAGCCGAAGUUGGCGUCGCUGCUCGAUGUAGAGUACGUGGACGCGGAGUUUACAGAUCUGGACGUGAAUAGUGAAGUCCAGUCGCCGACGGACAGGUCGACAGCCAAGUCGAAGGGUUUCUUGUCGCUCGUGUCGAGCCGAGGCAACCGUGACAAAGCAGCUCCUCCGGUCCAGGACCCCACCUUCAAGGACUUCACCUACUUUUGCGAAGAUCCAGACGCUCUUGUGGAAGUCACGAACUUGGUGUCUGAGCUGCGACCUUCUCCGCCGCCUGCCGGCUCCACGUCCGGUCCUUUGAACGUAGAGGACCUGGAUGAACCUGAUCAAGUAGCAGUGCAAGAUGCUAGCAUUCCUUCCGACUACGGGGGAACGCCGCUGUCGUCAUUUGUUGAAAACGGUCAAUUGAACCCGAUGCCGAUUUCACCCAAGCAGUUUCACGAAGGCUUGAAGAAGCUGGAGGCAUCGAUGGUCGAGCAAUUUGAGCGCGUUGAGGUGACCAUCUCUCGCGGGCGGCCGCCGGCUAAAAAGGCGAGUGGAAGUUCGUGCUCGAGUAGCGAGGAACGCGACCACGACCACGUUCAUGUAGAAAAGCUCGUGAUCUCGCAAGGACCUUCGGCAUUGACGAGCAGCACAGUCGUUGCACCAGCCAACGGAAAUGAACCGAGUCAACACUCGUACGAUCUGUCUCCGAACAGCCCCAGUGGCAGCUCUCUGGACUUGUCGGGAAUAAGCGAUGUUGCCAGUCAUGACGCGAUGUCGCAGGAUGACUCGGCUAGAAGUCGAGGACAAUAUGCUGCAAGUCCUACGGCAGUUGACACGGGAACUAGUCUCGAGGCAGAAUUCUAG